AUGGAGGCCCUGUUCUUCAACUCGCACUCGGGAUACCUGGAAGGUGUGCUGCGCGGAUUCAAGGCGGGGCUGUUGACCCAGGCGCAGUACUCGAACUUGACGCAGUGCGAGACGCUUGAUGACUUCCGCAUGCAACUGUCCGCGACCGACUACGGCAACUUUCUCGCAAACGAGACUCCCCCCAUCUCGACCUCGACAAUCGCAGAGAAGGCGACGCAACGGCUAGUCGACGAGUUCAACUACAUCCGAAGUAACGCGACAGGACAGUUGCGCAAGUUCCUCGACUACAUGACCUACGCCUACAUGAUCGACAACGUCGUCCUCCUGAUCUCCGGUACACUGCACGAGCGCGACACACAUGACCUGCUCGAGCGGUGUCACCCUCUCGGGACCUUUGAAACGAUGCCGGCGCUAUGCGUGGCGACGAACGUUGAGGAGCUGUACAACACGGUGCUCGUGGAGACGCCCUUAGCCCCCUACUUCCGCGACUGCCUCUCCGCACAAGAUCUCGACGAGCUGAACAUCGAGAUCAUCCGCAACACCCUGUACCGCUCCUACCUCGAAGACUUUCACGACUUCGUCAUGUCCAUCGGCGCACCAACAAGCGACUGCAUGUCGCCCAUCCUCAACUUCGAAGCCGACCGUCGCGCGCUCAACAUCACGAUCAACUCUUUCGGUACCUCGCUGUCGAAGGAGCAGCGCGGCAAGCUGUUGCCCAAGCUUGGCCGGCUGUACCCCGAGGGCACGCUUGCGCUGAGUCGGGCAGACGAUGUCGAGCAAGUCAAGGCCGUCAUCGACCCGAUCGUCGAGUAUCGACCAUUCCUCGACUCGGCAGGCGCAGGCGGAGCCGACAGCAACCCCAGCGGGACGGGCGCAGGCGGAGGCGGCGGCGCGUCGGCAGCGAGCCUCGAGGACCACUUCUUCCAGUACGAGGUCGAGCUCAACAAGGACGCGUUCCUCCAGCAAUUCCAGUUCGGCGUCUUCUACUCGUUCUUCAAGCUCAAGGAGCAGGAGAUUCGGAGCUUGACGUGGAUUGCCGAAUGCAUCGCGCAGAACGCGAAGGACCGGAUCAACGACUUCAUCCCGACUUUCUAA